ACAUUCAAAAUGGCGGAGUGCGGGGCGAGCGGCAGCGGCAGCAGCGGGGACAGCCUGGACAAGAGCAUCACGCUCCCACCCGACGAAAUCUUCCGUAAUCUGGAGAACGCCAAGCGCUUCGCCAUCGACAUCGGUGGGUCCCUGACCAAGCUGGCCUACUACUCAACUGUGCAGCACAAGGUCGCCAAAGUGAGGUCUUUCGACCACCCAGGAAAGGACACAGAGCAGGACCACGAGCCGCCCUAUGAGAUCUCCGUCCAGGAGGAGAUCACUGCCCGCCUGCACUUCAUCAAGUUCGAGAACACCUACAUCGAAGCUUGCCUGGACUUCAUCAAAGACCACCUGGUCAACACAGAGACGAAGGUCAUCCAGGCCACAGGGGGUGGGGCCUACAAGUUCAAGGACCUCAUUGAGGAGAAGCUUCAGCUCAAAGUCGACAAGGAGGACGUGAUGACCUGCCUCAUAAAGGGCUGCAACUUCGUGUUGAAGAACAUCCCACACGAGGCCUUCAUGUACCAGAAGGAUGCUGACCCCGAGUUCCGGUUCCAGACAAACCACCCAAACAUUUUCCCCUACCUUCUCGUUAACAUCGGCUCUGGGGUCUCCAUUGUGAAGGUGGAGACCGAGGACGAGUUCGAGUGGAUUGGCGGCAGCUCCAUCGGGGGUGGCACCUUCUGGGGGCUUGGCGCUCUACUCACCAAGACAAAGAAGUUUGACGAGCUGCUGCAUCUGGCCUCCAAGGGCCAGCACACAAACGUGGACAUGCUGGUCCAGGACAUCUAUGGUGGGGCAUGCCAGACUCUGGGGCUCAGCGGCACCCUCAUCGCCAGCAGCUUCGGAAAGUCAGCCACUGCCGACCGAGAGUUCUCCAAAGAGGACAUGGCCAAGAGCCUGCUGCACAUGAUCAGCAAUGACAUCGGGCAGCUCGCCUGCCUCUACGCGAAGCUCCACCACCUGGACAGGAUCUACUUUGGAGGUUUCUUCAUCCGGGGCCACCCUGUCACCAUGCGCACUAUCACCUACAGCAUCAACUUCUUCUCCAAGGGAGAAGUCCAGGCGUUGUUCCUGAGACACGAGGGCUACCUGGGGGCCAUCGGCGCAUUUCUGAAAGGAGCCGAGCAAGACAAUCCCAACCAGUAUAGCUGGGGAGAGAACUAUGCGGGCAGCUCCGGCCUGAUGAGCUCAUCCCCCGAGCUCUGCCCGGCACAGCGGGCGCGCAGCGGCACUUUCGACCUGCUGGAGAUGGACCGGCUGGCGCGGCCGCUGGUGGACCUGCCACUCCUCCUGGACCCGUCCUCCUACGUCCCUGACACUGUAGACCUAACUGAGGACCCCAUGGCCCGCAAGUACUGGCUCAGCUGCUUUGAGGAGGCGCUUGAUGGGGUGGUGAAGCGUGCUGUGGCCAGCCAGCCAGAUUCCAUCGAUGCUGCUGAGAGGGCCGAGAAGUUUCGGCAGAAGUACUGGAACAAGCUUCAGACUCUGAGACACCAGCCAUUUGCCUACGGGACUCUGACUGUGCGCAGCUUGUUGGACACAAGAGAGCAUUGUUUGAAUGAGUUCAACUUCCCGGACCCCUACUCAAAAGUGAAGCAGAAGGAAAAUGGCGUGGCACUGAAAUGCUUCCAGCAGGUCGUCCGGUCACUGGACGCGCUGGGCUGGGAAGAGAGGCAGCUGGCACUGGUGGAAGGACUCCUGGCAGGGAAUGUCUUUGACUGGGGCGCAAAGGCCGUCUCCGACGUUCUUGAAUCAGACCCACAGUUUGGAUUUGAGGAAGCUAAGAGGAAGUUACAAGAGCGGCCUUGGCUUGUGGACUCCUACAAUGAUUGGCUCCAGAGGCUAAAGGGGCCCCCUCAUAAAUGUGCCUUAAUUUUCGCAGAUAACAGUGGAGUAGACAUCAUUUUGGGAGUCUUCCCCUUUGUCAGGGAGCUACUCUUUAGAGGGACCGAGGUUAUCCUGGCAUGCAACUCAGGGCCUGCCCUGAAUGACGUGACCUACAGUGAGUCUCUCAUUGUGGCUGAGCGGAUAGCUGCCAUGGACCCCAUCAUCCACUCUGCGCUUGGAGAAGAGAGGCUGCUGCUGGUGCAGACCGGCUCCAGCUCCCCGUGCCUCGAUCUCAGCCGCCUGGACAAGGGGCUGGCUGCGCUGGUGCGGGAGCGUGGCGCCGACCUGGUGGUCAUCGAGGGCAUGGGCCGCGCUGUCCAUACCAACUACCACGCCACGCUGCGCUGCGAGAGCCUCAAGCUGGCCGUCAUCAAGAACUCAUGGCUGGCGGACCGGCUCGGAGGCCAGCUCUUCAGCGUCAUCUUCAAGUACGAGGUCCCAACCGAGUGAGGGCCGCGCCCGCCAUGCAGACCAGCGUCGGCCUCCUUGUCCUCGUAGAGAAUGUGUUUUUACCACCACGGGGAGACUGCAGCCGUCAGAGCCCGUGUUUAAUUGUGCUUCUGUGACGCAGCGCCAAGGGAGCCCGUGCCCACAGCCAGCAGCGGUGCACCGCAUCACCGUGGCACUUGCGUGAUGCGUGUUUCUUUUCAUGCUGUGUGUUUGUGAUGGGAGACUCACCUGUUGUCCUGUGAGACACUCGUGUUGGAGUAUAUUUAACUGUUAAAUAAUCUUUUAUAUAUAUAUAUAUAUAAAAAUAUAUACAUAUAUAUCUUUGACAGGACGCCAGCGGGCUCAGGCACACACCAAAUAGAGUUUUUAAAGAGUGAAACCAGGUGGCCUGUGUAUCUACUGUCUUGUUGAAGAAGCAUGUCCAGGCAGGGGAAGCCCGAAGUGAGGACUUUCUCUGCAGUUACUUCUGGAACUUUCUUAGCCCGAGGACCCCCGUUCCCCACCAUGCUGUCAGCCCCUGGGCCCUCUGCAGUGGUGUUCCCAGGGCUGGCCUCAGCCGCUGUCACCUGGUUUUCCACACACCACUUACCCUGGCCUUGGGGGCUCAGAGAGGGGGCCGCCCUGAGCAGUGCAUUGGGCCACGUGUGUGCCUCCGUGUCCAUCCCUGGCCCUCUGUGCCAUUCCCAUGGCAGAGACAUGUGAAGCCUUUGCACGCACACCUGGCUCAAAAGCCUCCGAGAGGAUGCGUCGACCACUUUCUUGGGGUGGAGAUGGCAGCUGAGGGUUGCAAGCUGAGCACUCUGUGGGUUUCUCCCCGACUGCUCCUGAACUUAGGCAGUCACGAGGUCCUCCCAGCUGGACUGACCUCCCUGGGGUGCGGGGAACAGGAAACCAGGUGUGACCUGCCACUGCAAGAGUGGGGUCAUGUGCCAGGCUGGAGGUGACUAGGGUGAGAGGAGGUGUUUUCUG